AUGAAAAUACAUAACAACAUGCCACCACCGCCACCAGUGCCCACAGAUAUGGAGCGAACGGCGGCAGCCGUGAGGCAGUCGCGUGUCACCUCGGUGAUGCAGGCUGCAGCGAUCGAUCAACUGGACAGUGUGGUCUCCAUGCCGCUGCCCCCGGCGGUGGCUGUUGUUAACCAACAGCAGCAACAACAACCGCAACACCAGGUUCAGCCUCAACCGCAAGAACAGUCUCAACAGCAGGCCUCAGCUGUAGACAUUAGCCGUCUUCAACCCAGUCCCAUGGAUCAACUACGACCGCGGCGACCCGACGACGCACCCUGGGCGCCUAGUCAAUACAUCCAAAAAGGUAUGUCCAGUAGAGUGGCUUCUUAG